AUUUCGUUGUAGGACAAAACAGAACUGGUUUUAACGGCGUGAGAACGUCAGGCAGUGAUGUUUCUCUAGUAAGACACUAUAUUCUCAGGGUCUGAGGUUCCAAAAGUGUUACAAAACGUUACUCAGUGGGUCUCGGUUAGGCAACUCAUACCAUGGACCUGCUGAAGAGAACGGUCGUUCAUGACGACAUGGUCCAGUAUUACCUUUUCCUGGUUGAGCCCAGUGUUUCUGAUCCACUGGCCAAUGAACAGUGUCUAAAACGUAUAGUUGAGGAGAUCUUAGCCAAGGUGACUCCACUUCUCGUCCAGUACAUCUGGCAUCAGCAGCCUUUCAACCUCAAGUACUCUCCCGAGAAAGGAGGUCUUCCUGCCCACAUCGAAGGGAGCACUCAGUUUGGAGACAAUGUGGAAGACGAGUGGUUUAUCGUUUACCUCCUACUGCAAAUCACAGAGUCCUUUCCUGAGUUGGCAGUGAGGGUUGAGGACAAUGACGGGGAGUUUCUUCUCAUUGAAGCGGCUGACUAUCUUCCCAAAUGGCUAAACCCAGAAAGCAGCGAAAACAGGGUCUUUCUCCAUAAAGGAGAGCUGCACAUUCUCCCCUGCCCAUCCCGUUCCAGUGAGGUGGGCCUGCCCAGGGACAUGGUGCCCAGUGUAGCCCAGGCUCUGGACCUUCUCUCCUCCCACACCCAGGCCUGUCUGGCCAGCCCCAACAUCCGGACAGCCCUGGCCAGAAGACUGGAUGGAUACCAAGGGAAGGUUCAGACCACCUUGCACUUUGCCCAUUGUUUCCUGCCUGCUGGCAUUGUUACAGUGUUGGCACAGAGGCCAGCCUUGGUCGCCCCAGCGGUCUCUGCGUUCUAUCUGCGAGAUCCGGUGGAUCUUCAAGCCUGCCGGACAUUCCGAACCUUCCCUCCAGAUACCAGAGUCCUCACCUCGGUGAAGUUCACCCGCUGUCUGUACGCCCAGCUCCAGCAGCAGCACUUCAACCCUGACAGGAGGAGUGGCUUCACCCUGCCAGCCCGCUCUCACCCCCAGUAUCGAGCCCACGAGCUGGGCAUGAAACUGGCUCAUGGGUUUGAGAUCUUGUGCUCCAAGGGAAGACCCCCCUCCUCAGAACCAGAUGUGCCCAUCAGCUGUAACCCCUUGUGGAAAGGUUUUGUGGACAGUCUAAAGAAGAACAACUACUUUAAGGCUGAACUAGAGGGGUCAGCUCGCUACAGAGAACUGUUGACAUCAGCCCAGAACUUCUUCAAACAGUCAGUAAACCAAGGACAGAGCUCCAGCAGCAGGUCUCCAGGAGAUGAGGUGCUGCAGCUGUUGCAGAGCUCCCCUCCCCUAGACGUGGAGGACCUGAGGAGACAGGAGGCCCUUCUGCCUCCAGAGGACAGUGACAACUGGCUGGACAUCUCAGCCCAGGAGCUGGAGCAUCUGUUGGAGGAGAGAGGGGGCAGGGGUCUGGGGGGGGCAGGGGGGGGCAGCUCGCGGCCCCCCUCCUCUAGACGAGCACCGGAGAACAGGAGUGAGGAGGUAAAGGAGGCAGAGGAGGCCAGUUAUAGUCUGGUUGCUGUGACCCAAGGGAUGAAGAACUUCAUCAACGCCAUGUCUUCACACGAGGGUGCAGAGCUUCCCUGGUCCCAUUCAAAUGAGCCGUUCCAGUUUGAUCCAGACUCCUUAGCCAGUGCACUGGACACACUACUGGGGGCUAAGGAUGAGGAGUUGGAUUCAGAUGACCUAGAUGCUGAUGAUGAUGACGAUGAUGAUGAGGAGGAAGAGGGGGUGGAGGGGCUGGGAAGUUCUUCACAGCCAGGAGGGCUGAAGGGAGCAGAGGAGCUGGAUGGCUUGAGGAGAUACAUGGAUGAGAUGGACCAGGAGCUCCUGGGUACCAACAUGGGACAAAGCUUCACUCAGAAGGAUGGAGGAAAGCCGGCCCUGAGCCCAGACUCCCCCAGGCCCCCAGGGGAUAAACCUCUCCAGGGGGAUGUAGAAGACGGGGAGGAGGAGGAGGAGAUCCAGCCUCUGGAUGUAGACCUGAACCUGGUCACCAACCUGCUGGAGUCUCUCAGCUCCCAGGCUGGGCUGGCCGGACCUGCAUCCAACCUGCUGCAGAGCAUGGGCAUCCACCUGCCCCCCAACACUGACCGCUCCUGAUGACCAGAGACAGCACCCUCCACACCGGCCUGCCAGAACACACCAGACAAACCCCCACACUGCACCAGCCCCGGGAUGAUGACAGGUCCAAAUGUUCGUACAUAUGACAGUUCAAAACUGGCCUGGACACUGCCUAACAACCAUUAUGAAUUGAGAUGUUGCCAUGUGUCAGUAUAGCACUUACUAAAUCAUGGUUUGUAGAUAAGUAAAUGCAAUACUUUUGGAAUUUACUUUUAUAUAUUCUUUUCUAAAUAAAAUAUUGAAAGAUUGA